UCGGGCGCGUGCGCAGCGCUGGCUUUUUCCCGGCUGGGUUUUCUGCGGCUCCCGCUCCUCCUCCCGCUCCCCACCGUCCCCCUUAAGCUCGCUGCGGCCGGGUACCAGCGUGUGGUCCCGCCAACGGAGCGGUCCGUGCCUCGUGCUUCCGGGACGUCUGUGGUGCGCGCUUGCGGCGCGUGGCACUAGUCAUGUCGAUGGAUCAAGUGAACGCGCUGUGCGAGCAGCUGGUGAAAGCGGUGACGAUCAUGAUGGACCCCAGCUCCACCCAGCGCUACCGGCUAGAAGCCCUCAAGUUUUGUGAGGAGUUUAAAGAAAAGUGCCCUAUAUGUGUCCCCUGUGGCUUGCGGUUGGCUGAGAAAACACAAAUUGCCAUCGUCAGACAUUUUGGCCUUCAGAUCCUGGAACACGUUGUCAAGUUUCGGUGGAACAGCAUGUCUCGAUUGGAGAAGGUCUAUCUGAAGAACAGUGUCAUGGAGCUGAUUGCAAAUGGAACACUGAACAUUUUGGAAGAGGAGAACCAUAUUAAAGAUGUUCUGUCUCGAAUUGUAGUAGAAAUGAUCAAGCGGGAGUGGCCACAGCACUGGCCUGACAUGCUAAUAGAACUGGACAUUCUUUCCAAACAAGGGGAAACACAGACAGAAUUAGUGAUGUUCAUCCUUUUGCGACUGGCAGAGGACGUAGUGACCUUUCAGACGCUACCCCCUCAAAGACGAAGGGAUAUCCAGCAAACAUUAACCCAGAACAUGGAAAGAAUCUUCACUUUUCUACUUAACACACUUCAAGAAAAUGUAAACAAGUACCAACAAGUGAAGACAGAUAAUUCUCAGGAGUCAAAGGCCCAAGCAAACUGUCGAGUAGGAAUUGCAGCACUGAAUACUCUAGCGGGCUACAUUGACUGGGUGUCCAUGAGUCACAUUACUGCUGAAAACUGUAAACUCCUGGAGAUGCUGUGCCUGCUUCUGAACGAACAGGAACUUCAGCUGGGAGCAGCUGAGUGUCUCCUCAUUGCAGUCAGCAGGAAAGGCAAGUUGGAAGACCGGAAGCCCUUGAUGGUCUUAUUUGGAGAUGUUGCCAUGCAUUAUAUACUCUCCGCUGCGCAGACUGCUGACGGAGGAGGCUUGGUAGAAAAAGACUAUGUCUUCCUGAAGAGACUCUGUCAGGUGUUGUGUGCGCUGGGCAAUCAGCUGUGUGCAUUGCUGGGUGUGGAUUCUGAUGUAGAAACACCAGCAAACUUUGGAAAAUACCUGGAAUCUUUUCUGGCUUUCACAACUCAUCCAAGUCAGUUUUUGCGCUCUUCAACUCAGAUGACUUGGGGAGCCCUCUUCCGGCAUGAGAUCCUAUCCCGUGACCCUUUGCUAUUAGCAAUAAUACCAAAAUAUCUUCGUGCUUCUAUGACUAACUUGGUCAAGAUGGGCUUUCCUUCUAAAACAGACAGCCCUAGCUGUGAAUACUCUCGAUUUGAUUUUGAUAGCGACGAGGACUUCAAUGCUUUCUUCAACUCCUCUCGGGCCCAACAAGGAGAAGUAAUGAGGUUAGCAUGUCGCUUGGAUCCCAAGACUAGCUUCCAGAUGGCUGGGGAGUGGCUAAAGUAUCAGCUCUCAACUUCUGUUGAUACUGGAUCCAUGAACUCUGGAACUGGAGAAGGCAGCCUCUGCUCCAUCUUCUCACCUUCAUUUGUGCAGUGGGAAGCCAUGACCUUUUUUUUGGAAAGUGUGAUCAACCAGAUGUUUCGAACAUUAGAUAAAGAAGAAAUUCCUAUUAAUGAUGGAGUAGAGCUAUUGCAGAUGGUCCUGAACUUUGACACCAAGGAUCCCCUCAUCCUGUCCUGUGUCCUCACUAAUGUCUCAGCACUCUUUCCAUUUGUCACCUACAGACCAGAGUUCCUGCCCCAGGUCUUCUCUAAGCUAUUUUCAUCUGUCACUUUUGAAACUGUUGAGGAAAGUAAGGCUCCCAGGACCCGGGCGGUGAGGAAUGUGAGGAGACAUGCUUGUUCCUCCAUCAUCAAGAUGUGUCGUGACUACCCCCAGCUCGUGCUGCCCAAUUUUGACAUGCUGUAUAACCAUGUGAAGCAGCUCCUCUCCAAUGAGCUGCUCCUGACACAGAUGGAGAAGUGUGCCCUCAUGGAAGCCCUGGUUCUCAUUAGCAACCAGUUCAAGAACUACGAGCGUCAGAAGGUGUUUCUAGAGGAGCUAAUGGCACCCGUGGCCAGCAUCUGGCUUUCUGAAGACAUGCACAGAGUGCUGUCAGAUGUUGAUGCAUUUAUUGCCUAUGUGGGUGCAGAUCGGACAAGCUGUGACCCGGGCCUGGAGGAUCCCUGUGGCUUAAACCGUGCACGAAUGAGCUUUUGUGUGUAUAGCAUUCUGGGUGUUGUGAAACGAACUUGCUGGCCCACUGACCUAGAAGAGGCCAAAGCUGGGGGAUUUGUGGUGGGUUAUACACCCCCUGGAAAUCCAAUCUUCCGUAACCCCUGCACAGAACAGAUUCUGAAACUUCUUGAUAAUUUGCUUGCCCUUAUAAGAACUCACAAUACUUUAUAUGCACCAGAAAUGCUAGCCAAAAUGGCAGAACCUUUUACGAGGGUUCUAGAUAUGCUUGAAGUGGAAAAAUCUGCUAUUUUAGCUUCAGUGUGCCUGUGUCACCUUCUCUUCACCUGGCACUACCUUGACCACCUGUUUGUUCAGAAAUGCAUGUAUGGAGUUCCUACAGGCUCUCUAGGAACAAGUGUGUUUACUUCAUUAUCUUAUCAUGCAGAGAAGGUCUUCAGAAGCACACACACCCCAUGUUAACCCCUCCUUCACUUUAGCUGCCAGCUGGUAGUAUGUGUUAGAGCCUUUAGAUUAUAA